ACAGCCUGGAAGAGGGAGGGAAGGAGGGAGGGAAGGAGUGCUUUUUACGGGCCGUUCCGGCCUCUAACCCUAAAGCGCGCGGGGCCGAGGGCAGGUGGGGCACGCUUGGCCCUAGUCCGGUUGCUUCUGUAAGGGAGCCCACACAAACGGGCUCUGCAGGUGAGCACGGGGAGCCCUCCCGGCACACCGAGCGCCGCUCCGGAGCUCUCCCGAGCCCUCCGAGCCGUGCCCGGCUCCGGAGGCUGCCGCGGGCUCCCGCGGAAAGCCUGGCACGCCGCACGCCUUCAGAGGAGCCCCGCACCGCUGGGGGCUGCCCGGGAACGGGCGGAGUGACCGUCCCUGGAGGUGCUUCAGGGAAAGCCUGGACGUGGCACUGUCACCGCUGGACUUGGUGGUGUCCCGUCACAGUGAUACUUUAUGGGAUCUUGCUAUAGCUGAAGUGGAGAAGAGAGAAAAUCCUGAUGAUGAUGAUGUCAAGCCAGGGGAAGUUUGGGAAAAAUCAAUAUUAUUUAUGGGAAACAAAAACGGGGGAAAGACCACUAUCAUACUGAGAUGCCUUGAGAGGGAAGAGUCUCCAAAGCCAACAUUAGCUUUGGAAUAUACUUUUGGAAGAAGAGCAAGGAGACACAAUACACCUAAAGAUGUAGCUCAUUUUUGGGAAUUAGGUGGUGGAACCUCAUUAGUGGAACUCAUUCGAAUACCAAUCACUAGCCACAACAUAAGGUCAUUUGCUGUGGUUCUGGUACUGGAUCUCUCCAAACCUAAUGAGCUCUGGACUACUAUGGAAAGUCUUCUGCAGGUCACCAGAAGCCACGUGAACAAAAUUUUAACCAAACUAGAAAAGACAAACCCUGAAGUAGCUGCUGAAAUUAAACAGAGAAUGUGGAACAAUCUGCAGAGGGAUCACCCUGACAGUGCAUUAGUUGACCCUUUUCCAAUACCCUUGGUGAUAAUUGGAAGCAAAUACGAUAUUUUUAAUGAGUUUGACUCUGAAAUGAGGAAAAUAAUAAGCAAGACACUUCGAUUUGUUUCACAUUAUUAUGGAGCGUCAUUAGUGUUUACCAGUAAAUCUGAGGCUCUCCUGCUGAAAGCCCGUGCUCUUAUUAAUCACUUGGCAUUUGGCUAUGAUAAAAGCAAGUCUGUAUCAGUGGAUCCCAGCAAACCUCUCUUUAUACCAGCAGGCCUGGAUUCCAUGAGCCAAAUAGGACCACCACCUGCCUCUGACAGUGAUCUUGGAAAGAUGCGUGCCAACACACCUUUGGAACUAUGGAAAAAAGUAUUUGAGAAAACAUUUCCUCCCAAGAGUUCCUGUGAUUUACAAGAUACCAAGGACCCUGCACAGGAUAGUCAAUAUGCUGAGUAUGAAGUUGAUGCCAUGAGAGCUCAGAAAAACCAGGAACUUGAACAAUACAAAAGAAAUGCCUCUAAAUCUUGGAAAGAAAUGGAUUUUGAUUCUGAUUGAUGAACUGCUCUGUCUUCAGUUUAACACCAUUUACAAAAUUAUUUUUAUCAUUUUUACAUUACGUUAGAAAUUUGAUCUGAUGCAGUUGAAAAUAUAUAAUACCAAACUACAACGUUGGUAUUUAUUAAGCAUCCCUGCUGUUAUUUUCCGGAAAAGGAGCUGUUUAUUCACUCAGUCCAAAUUUGUUUAUCUUGGCACUAGCAAAGAGUUUUAAAAAGUGGGGUGAAAGGAGUUCUUGAUUGCUCUCAGAUGGGUCUGUAUAUGAAGACUGGCAUUACUCAAUUCUAUCUAUUUUGUAAGUUAUAACACAUUAUUUGAUUUACUUUUGAGUACUUCUACCCUAAACAUAUAUUUAAAUAUAAACAAGUUUUCACACCCAAAAUACGAAAUUGUGUGGUGUGCUAGGCAUCUUUUUGUAGUUCAAAACCAAAGCUUAAGAGAUACUUGUAUAAUUGUUUGAUGUGUUUGAAUAAAUAAAAAACCCUAAAACUGGUAGAAUAAAGUGGAGUUAAAACCUUCUUUGACCUGAA